AUGAAGUUCACGCUCCAAGCCGCCCUCCUCGCCCUCACCAUGGCCAUCAGCGCCAGCGCUGCAGCCGUAGAAGACCCCACCUCGGCCGCCGCCCGCCGCGACGUCCUCCUGAUGGAACGCCAAGGCGCAAACGCCAACCGUCCCGUCCCCAACGGCGCCUGCUGCGUUGCCAACACGAGCUUGAAGCAGGACGUCUGCAACGUCAACGGUCAGACUGGUCGCUGCGUUCCCGAUAGCAUCAACAACUGCGGCUCGAGUUUGACUUGUAUCGAGGACAAUAGGUUGGAUUGCGACCCGAACACGCUUGAGCGUGGUCGUCCCCUGUGCCGCCGCAGGCAGGGAGCGUAA